CUCUAUUACCAACUACCACAGAAGAAGAAGAACCGGUGGGAAAUUUGAUAAUGCGCGAAAGGUUGUUGUGCACAAUUGAUCUGUUUUUAAUUCUAAGCUAACAUUAACCGUGAAUUUGCUCGUGUUUACACGACAUGGACCGAUACGUGCUGGUUAUAUCAUUUUGCCAAACUGAUGGCGGCGUGGCGGAGAUUUAUAAAUGUCUGGAGCCAGUAAAGCAGAUGUACGACACCCUUGUGGACAUCUCAACUCAGGAAUCAGUGAGGGGGAUCUCUGCGUUUCCAGCGUGUUCUCUCAGUGGCAGCCCAUCUGUUCAGAGGUGGUACUUUGCCCUUCAGGCAUGCCAAGGAGUAACACAGUUUUGCAGCUCAGACUGGGAAGAGCUGGGGAGAGGCCAUCAGAAUACUGACAGUGAGGAGGAGAGGUCUUCUGCUGUGGAAUCAUGUCUCAGUUCUCUGAGUCAUCAGGAGGCACAGGACCAAAAGGCAGACCUGCCAGCACUGGCAGAGCUGUUAGAGGAGGCUGCAGAAGGACUCCAUGUACUGUCUGACAAGUUGCCACCCCCAGGCAAAGCCUUACUGGAUAUCCUGCUGUUGGGCUCUGCAGAGCAGCCGCCUCCUGUUAAAGACCUGCUGCCUGUUCUGGGAGCGCUCAAACACAUGUGCUGCUGGCAUGCUGCUAAGAUCACUAUAGUCACACAGCACACCACUGGGUGGCAAAAAACAGCAUCUUAUCUGAGAGCUGGUCUGGUGGAGCCCACUGACCUACACAGCUGUAUCGACCAUAGAGAACUAUGGAGGGGUGGUCUGGUUAUCAGAGAGAAGAAGUAUGCGUCGGAGCUCCGUUUCGAUGGCUUUUCUCUACGCUCUCCAGCUCAUCAGAUACUGGGGUCCAGUUUCUUGCAAGCUCCUUACACCACUACAGACCACAAACUGCAGUCUGAGGUCUUCCAUUACUACACACCACAUUUAGAUUUGGUUCAGCUGAUCAGCCUGUCACACCUGCCCAGCUUUCUGAUAUCUGGGACCCAGUUUGAACUCGGCCUAUCUGGGAAGUCAGUGAAAGCUAAACUUCUGUUGGACCAGCUGAGGUCACUGGGUGAAAAGGUUGGAGCCUUGUUCUGCCUCUCAUGUAUAAUCACCCCCCUCGCCCAGCCUGCAGCCAGCCAAAUCAGCUCCCAGCGCUGGAGAGAGUCUAUAGCCAGGAGACCAAAGUCCCUACCCAUGCCUGAUGUGGAGGUGAAAGGUGAGAGCGCUCACUACUUCCUGUUGGUCCAGGGCUCGGAGGAUGGGCAGCCUGGAGCCUGCAGGGUCAGGAUGUUGCACUCAGACAGUCAAAUCAAUGGAGCGGCUGCUAUGGCAACUGUCUCUGGGUUGCUGAGAGAGAAAUCUCUGUCAUCAUCAGGAGGAGCCGUAGGCAACAUCCUUUGCCCUCUGCCCUGUCUCCAAGGAGACGGCCUUCUGAAGAGAGAGAGGAAGGUGACCCUGAUCCAGACACUGGUACUCAAAGAAUAUCUCAGACAGAAAGAAGAAAGUUCAGCCUCAACCUCAAUACCUGUAAAUGACUUGAAGGCCAUUCUGAGUUUGGCCAGGGAGCAAUAUCUGAAGAAAUUUGACUCGACUUUGCCCUCCGCUGCCUCCUGUCUGACAGAUGGGCAGGAGAUUGCAGCCGCCAAGGACGCAGGUUUUCAAACUCUUCCCCACCUGCAGUCUGACUGGCCUGAGAGGAGCGUUCUCAGCAACAUAGAGAAUCUGCAGAGGAGACGACAGAAGAGGAGAUUUGGCCUUUUAGGUCCAGGCUCCAGUGACAGCCUGCUGGGACCUAAAGACAGUCAGAAAGGCUCCCCUGCUUUAUUGGAUGCCAGAGAACUUCUAAAACAUUUCACACCUGAUGGCCUGCCUACUGGGGAGCUACAACCACUGGCUAUCAAUAGAGGUAAUCAUGUGUUUCAGUUGUCACAAGACCUCUCUCCUGGGAGAGUCAGCCAGAUGCCCUUCAAUAGAGCCUCGGCAUCACAUUACCAUGGCAUAGAGUUCUGCCUGGACACCCAGCGUUCGUUGGACCGGGACCAGGCCUUUGUAAAACUCCAGUCUCGUCUGAUUCGGUACGAGACGCAAACCACUUGCUCCAAAGAGCCCUGUGCCCUCCCCUUCGCCCUCAGCCCCGCCCCCUCGCCCGCAGUGAUGUCAGAACCAGGAAGUGUGCCUGACGGAGAGACUCUGCAGAACGCUGAUGUAGCACGACUCAAGCGCAGGUCGUGGGACACGGACAUUAUCGGAGGUUAUCCUCGCAAGAGGCUGGUGAAGUCAGAGAGCAGUGACUCCCUCUGUUCUCAGAGCAGUGGCAGCAGUGGGACGCACCCUGUCAUCAGGUCCCUACGACAGCAGCCGAGCAGAUCCCAGUCCACCUCCUCCUCUAAUAAUCGUUCCUCCUCUUCAGCAGCAAGGCGGACAUCCUCAGGUUUGGUGACUCUUCCCUGUGCUGACAAACCUAAACUCCAACAGCAGAAGGCACAACAUGGACAAACAGAGGACAAAACUGCCAAGGAGUCACGCUCCCAGAAGCACAACCGAAUGCUGCUGGAGGUGGUAGCUAAAACACUCAAACAACAUGGGAUCAGUGCCGAGCAUGAGUGCUUUGAGGCCUGCAGCAAAAGACUGUUUGAUAUCUCGAAAUUCUAUCUCAAGGAUCUAAAGACGUCUCGGGGUCUUCAUGACGAGAUGAAGAAGGCAGCCGGCAGCAACGUCAAACAGGUCAUUGAAUGGGUGUUGGAGAAGACCUCGAAGAAGUAAAAACAGUCCUGAUGAGUACGUGAAAAGACAUCUUCUGAUAACAGGUUUUGUUUCAUCGGUUGAAAGACCAUAACAAGGAACGGCAAUCUUGUGUCACAUGUACACACAUUUAUAAGAGUGUUUUACUUUUUAAGUCUUUGUGUCUUAGUUUUAAAGUGUUACAUAAGACCUUUUUUAAUGAUCUUAAUCCUUUAUUUAAUUUUGUGGUUUCUUUCACUACCGCAAUCAUAAAGCAAUAUUUCACUUUUGGGGUUUUUGAGCUUGUGUCUAUUCUGACACACUCCCACUGCUCCAGAGACCUGCAGCAAAAGUACACUGUGCUCUGACUGCAGUCACCGAGAGGCCACGAGGGCCUCCAUUUUGGCUUCAGGUUUCACUCGUCUGCUUUUGAACAUGAUUUUAAUUCCUGUCCCACUUGUUCAUUUUGUUUCUAAAUACAAUAAUAAUUUUAUGUCUAUAUAAAUGUACAUAUUUUAUUUUUGUGUUUCACAUUUUACUGUCAAACAAUAAAGUAUUUUUGAAUCUUUUUUU